AUGACAUUGGAGAAAGCUCUCUGUGAUUUGGGUGCCAGCAUCAAUUUGAUACCCCUCUCAAUGAUGAAAAAGCUUGCCAUAGAGGAAAUUAAACCCACCAGGAUGUCACUUGUAAUGGCAGAUAGAUCAAUCAAGAUUCCCAAUGGAGUUAUGGAAAACUUAUUAGUAAAGGUUGGAGAGUUCAUCUUCCCUGCCGACUUUGUGAUAUCAGACACAGAAGAAGAAGGAAAUAAUUCAAUUAUCCUGGGAAGACCCUUCCUUGCCACAACAAGGGCCAUUAUUGAUGUAGAAAAGGGAGAGAAGUUUUUCAGGGUGCACAAUGAGCAAAUGAUCAUCAAUGUUUUCAAAUUAAUUCAACAUUCUCCUGAGUAA